CAAAAGCUCUGUUAAGUGAUCAUGUUGAAAAAGCUCAGCAUAUCUAUAAAUCAUAUAUCUAUGGCUGUCAUCCUCUAAGCAUGAUCGCAGUCUCCGCCCGCUUGACUGGUCCCGUCUUGAGACUUGUCCAACCGGCUGUCUUGACACGCACAAUAGUCGCAGCUUCGACGAUCGCAUCGUAAACAGGUUACUGUCACUGUUUGUUGAACUAUAUUUUAACUCAUAAGUUUGCGUUGUGACGAAGGAAGUAAAACUAAAUUAAAAAACACACACAACAAGAACAAUUUAUGUAGUUCAGUAGACUCCACCAGUGUUGUGCUACAUCCAGCAGCUAAUAGCGUCAACGCUAUGGUUGACUGCUAGCCUUCAUUGACGAAGUGACAAGUCCACCGACGGCACCACUGCGGAGUGAAAAUUCUCAGCAUGUUUCAGUGAGCGAUGCAAUUGCUGGUAUUAGGGAUGGCCAUCUGGGGGGCGCAAGCUUGUUCCGACUCACAGAGCUGCACGACAACACUGCCACCCAAUGCCACCUCCAAAGAGUACUGCUACUCAGCCAGAAUUCGCAGCACAGUGCUGCAGGGCUUGCCCUUUGGUGGUGUACCAACCGUUCUCGCCCUUGACUUUAUGUGCUUUUUGGGCUUGCUGUUUGUGUUCUCCUUCCUGCGAAAAGUUGCUUGGGAUUAUGGACGCCUCGCUCUGGUCACCGACGCUGACAGGAGAAUGGAUCAGCGUUACAGUCGUCUGGAUGAUCGGGAAUACAUGGCCUCCUCCUGUGUGGCCGCACAGCAUGAUGCACACAGACAAAACACUUUUAGUGCGGCUGCUGACUUGACAACAGACACAUCUGCUGAACGCUAUGAGCGCCUCACCUCAGUUUCCAGCUCGGUAGACAUAGAUCAGAGAGACACAGGCUUCUGCUCUUGGCUCACUGCUAUCUUCCGCAUCAAGGACGAUGAGAUUAGGGAGAAGUGUGGCGAAGACGCAGUACAUUAUUUGUCCUUCCAGCGUCACAUCAUCGGCCUGCUGGUAGUGGUGGGUGUGCUCUCUGUUGGCAUCAUCUUGCCUGUAAACUUUUCAGGAAACCUACUUGAAAACAAUGCUUAUAAUUUUGGAAGAACUACGAUAGCAAAUCUAGAUGCAGAUAAUGCGCUCUUGUGGCUGCACACCAUAUUUGCAUUCCUUUACCUGUUACUGACAGUGUGCAGCAUGAGAAGACACACCUCCAAGAUGCACUACGCAGAGGAUGACCUGGUCAAACGAACAUUAUUUGUCAAUGGACUCUCCAAAUAUGCAGAAGAAACUGAAAUAAAGCAACAUUUUGAGCAGGCGUAUGAAAACUGUGCUGUGCUGGAAGCCCGCAUCUGUUACAAUGUGGCAAGGCUGAUGUAUCUUAACUCUGAAAGGAAGAAGGCAGAGCGCAGCAAGAAAUUCUUCCUUGAUCUACAGGCCAAAGAGCACAUAACCACCAUGAUAAACCCAAAGCCAUGUGGACACCUUUGCUGUUGCAUCAUCAAAGGUUGUGAGCAGGAAGAGGCUGUGAGUUAUUAUACCAAGCUAGAGGCUCAAUUAAAAGAUGGCUACAGGAAGGAGAGAGAGAAGGUCAACAGGAAACCUUUGGGAAUGGCAUUUGUCACCUUUCAAAACGAAUCCAUAACUGCUAUAAUCUUGAAGGACUUCAAUGCUUGCAAAUGUCAGGGCUGCCACUGUCGCCGAGAGCCGCAGAGCUCUGCAUUCAGCGAAAAACUCCAGACACACAACUGGACUGUGAGCUAUGCCCCUGAUCCGCACAAUGUCUACUGGGAGCAUCUGUCGUUGGGAGGAUUCUCGUGGUGGAUGCGCUGCUUGAUCAUAAACUGUGUCCUCUUUCUCCUCCUCUUCUUCCUCACCACUCCAGCCAUCAUUAUCUCCACCAUGGACAAGUUCAAUGUUACCAAACCGGUGGAGUACCUAAACAAUCCAAUUAUCACUCAGUUUUUCCCCACCCUCCUCCUGUGGUCCUUCUCUGCCUUACUUCCUACCAUUGUCUACUACUCUGCCUUCUUUGAAGCCCAUUGGACGCGGUCAGGAGAGAACAGAACUACUAUGCAUAAAUGCUACACUUUCCUAAUCUUCAUGGUACUCCUACUGCCCUCCCUUGGUCUAAGCAGUUUGGAUGUUUUCUUCCGGUGGCUUUUUGACAAAAGAUUCUUGGCAGAUGCUAAAGUGAGAUUUGAGUGCGUCUUCCUUCCUGACAAUGGAGCCUUCUUUGUGAACUAUGUCAUUGCAUCUGCAUUCAUUGGAAAUGCCAUGGACCUGCUCAGGAUCCCUGGUCUACUUAUGUACAUGAUCCGCCUUUGCCUCGCUCGAUCUGCAGCCGAGCGCAGGAACGUCAAGAGGCAUCAAGCUUACGAGUUCCAGUUUGGUGCGGCUUAUGCUUGGAUGAUGUGUGUCUUCACGGUGGUUAUGACCUACAGCAUCACCUGCCCAAUCAUUGUCCCCUUUGGGCUGAUGUACAUGCUUCUCAAACACUUAGCAGACAGGUACAACAUGUACUAUGCUUAUCUGCCUUCCAAACUGGACAAGAAGAUCCAUUCUGGAGCUGUUAACCAAGUGGUGGCUGCUCCAAUUCUUUGUCUAUUUUGGCUUCUUUUCUUCUCCACGAUGCGCUCUGGAUUUUCAGCUGCAAUCUCCAUGUUCACGUUCAUAGUUUUGAUCAUCACAAUCACUGUCUGCCUCUCGCAUGUCUGCUUUGGACAUUUUAAAUAUUUGAGUGCGCACAACUACAAGAUUGAUACUCAAGUAUUGGAUGUGACUGAGAAGGGACCUACAGAGUGCACUACUGAUUCCAACAAAGCGGCAGUAAGUAGUCAGACAGAUGUACAUCGCAGAGGUUUUGCAAGAUCCAAAUUCAGAGGAGGCCGGAUCGGGCAGUGGCGAGGAUGACGGUCAGGGGUCGUCGCAGGACGAGGAAAUAAUCAAUGUGGAAAAUGGCCUGAACGAGGACUUCCAGUCUGGAGAAGAUAGCCUCAUUGAAAAUGAAGUGAGACACUGAGACAACAGAAAGAUUCAACAAUGCACUGAAUAAAUGAACUAAACCUGAUGUGGUUCAACAAGGUCACCAAAGCAUCUCAACCUGAUCGAGGGACGUAAAACUAAUGGACACGUGUUGUCUACUAAUUACACGGAUUCUUACAUACUUACAGCGGGACUACUUGCAAAAGUAAUGCAUGAGCAGUAAAGUCCUUCGGAGCCACCACCACAGUGCAUGGACUCAGUGAAAAGACACAAAAGGAGACAUGACAAAUAUGGCCCUAUCUUGCACUUGAAACAAGAAGACUUAUAACGCCAAUAAGCUCCGCUUUCCACAAAGGCACCGUCGAUGGCAUGCCUUCAAGAUUUCCCCAUGAUUGUCUGCUAGUACCCCAAAAUGUCCCCACGCGAUGCUUCAUAUGUAAUGCGGCUAUCAAGAGAGGUGCAGAUGUUUCCACAAAGCUCAUGCAGUCCCAUAGAGGCCUCGAAGAGAAGAGCACUAUUUUCUUUUAGCACAUAACCUCUUUGGGCAUUGAUUAGAAUAUGUACAUUGCCUUCCCACUGUGGAAGAGGAUCGGUAUCUUAGCACACUAUACUGAUAGAAGCGAUGCAGCCCAUUGGGAUUGCUGUUGGACUGCUGCUACUUGACCCUGCUACAAGAGGACUUUGAGUUGAAUAGGAUGGACAGAAAGUCGGUGGGGUCAGUCUGUUAUGAUACUCAAUUGACAUUUGUCUUCUUUCUAUCUUUCUUUUGCCCAUAGGUUUACAUAUUUACGCACAGAUACUGACAUUUGCAUUAAUUUUUUGGUGGUAACUGGGUAUGGACUAGUUAGUCUCUGUCUUGUCCUUGUUAACUGUUGUGUAUAUAUAGGCACUUGAUCAUGUAGGUCCUGUUAGGCGUAUUAUAAGAUGUUGGCAGCCAUGUUACAGCCUUCCGAAGCUGAUUUGUAAAUUGUUUUAAUUAAAUUGUGUAAUAUCUAUGAUAAAACAUGAACCAUCACAAAAGAAGUCUACAGCCACAACUGUGGGUAAAAUGCAUUCGUCUAAAAUAAUUUAAGCUGAACCAAGUAACAUUUGCUGAUCUGAACUGAAAGUACGGACCCAAUUAAGGCCUUACUCUGCAUCAAACUUGUCAUUUUUAGGCCCCAAAACAUUUAUUCAACAUAUGCUCAAAAUCUGUGGUAGUUAUUUGUUCAAAUGUUGCAUCUGUUUUUUUUGUUUUUUUUUUGUAUGGCCCUUAGGAGGCCCCCAAUGAGAAAAAAGGUUUCCCAUCGCUGUCAUCGGGACUCCAGUAUGAGUUGGCCGUUUUUGUAGCUGUUGAUAAAGUUAAUGUUUCAGUCCCGUUUCACAGCAUUCACAAUAACAACUCUAUUAAAGCAGCUGCUCAGAUCCCUUAGGGUCCGAUCACAACACCAACAGUGACCAUGACCUGUAGUCAGAAUGUGUCUAUUAUUUUGGUACUAACAAAACAAUUCUUUGACAUGUUAAAGUGGCGUUCUCUGAUGAUUGUAAGAAGACUGUUUCAUACCUCUACAUUUGUAUACCUCUAAUAUGUCUUGAAAUCUCUGAAUGGGUUUCAGAGGGAUACUUUGACAACACGAUUUCUUUAACUUUGAAUGUACUUGACAUGCACAACUUUUGAUAAGAUGCGAACAGUGCUCAAUAGCUAAUAGGUGAUCAGCUUUGGUUCACUGGAAAACCAACCAUACGUGUUAUUUUGUAUUAAAACUGAACUGACAGGUGUAGUGUUCACUGCAAGGAGAACACCCAUGUGUGUAUAAACUCAUCCACAUUGUGAAUCAUAUUGUUUUACUUAAUUUCCUAUGCAUCUUUGGACUCAUUGGAAAUAAAAUAGUUUUUGUUAACAAAAAAAACAAACCCUCA